GGUGGCGCGUGGGGCGGGUCCCGUGCCCCGCAGUGGGCCACUCCGCCCUCGGCUCCACGUGCGGUUCCCGCCUGCAUCAGAGCCUGCACCAUGGAGCUCGCCGAGGACAGCCUGGGUGCGGCCAUCCGGCUUCCAGAGCCACCCGACGCCCCGCAGUGGCGCAUCCCUGGCGGCCUGCGGGGAGCGCUGUCCCCUGGGGUGCUGCGGGAGGCAGCCGCGCUGGUGGCGCUCGCGGGCCCGGUGUUCUUGGCGCAGCUGAUGAUCUUUCUCAUCAGCAUCGUCAGUUCCAUCUUCUGCGGACACCUGGGCAAAAUCGAGCUGGACGCCGUGACACUCGCUGUCUCCGUUGUGAAUGUCACUGGGAUUUCAGUCGGAACCGGCUUGGCCUCAGCUUGUGACACGCUGAUGUCUCAGGUCCUCACCUCUGCACCGGGCUCCGUCCCACUGGACUUAGCCUUUGCUCGGUCUCCUUGGAGCUUCUUCAAUAAAAUCGCCAAGCGAACACAAGCCAUCCUUAACCAUCGGGGCUACCUCAGCGCAUCCUUCGGAGGCAGGAACCUGAAGCGCGUGGGGGUCAUACUGCAAAGGGGCAUCCUCAUCUUGCUGCUCUGCUGCUUCCCGUGCUGGGCCAUCUUCCUGAACACCGAGCACCUGCUCCUGCUCUUGGGGCAGGACCCGGAAGUCGCCAGGAUAGCCCAGAUUUAUGUGAUGAUUUGCAUCCCUGCUCUUCCUGCAGCGUUCCUGUUCCAGCUGCAGACACGGUAUUUACAGAGUCAGGGCAUCAUUAUGCCCCAGGUUAUUGUUGGGAUCGCAGCAAAUGUUGUCAACGUGGGCAUGAAUGCCUUCUUGCUGUACGCCUUGGACCUCGGAGUGGUAGGAUCAGCCUGGGCCAACACCACCUCCCAGUUCUUCCUGUCUGCCCUGCUUUUCCUCUAUGUGUGGUGGAAGAGGAUCCACGUCCUCACCUGGGGAGGUUGGACGAGGGAGUGCCUCCAGGAGUGGAGCUCCUACACCCGCCUGGCCAUCCCCAGUAUGUUCAUGGUGUGCAUCGAGUGGUGGACCUUCGAGAUUGGGACCUUCCUUGCAGGCCUUGUUAAUGUGACAGAGCUGGGAGCCCAGGCUGUCAUCUACGAACUGGCGUCUGUUGCCUACAUGGUGCCCUUUGGCUUUGGUGUGGCUGCCAGUGUCCGAGUGGGCAAUGCCCUGGGGGCAGGGAAUGCUGAGCAGGCCCGAUGUUCCUGUACCACGGUUCUUCUGUGUGCUGGUGUCUGUGCGCUCCUGGUGGGAAUUCUGCUGGCGGCCUUGAAGGACGUGGUUGGCUACAUAUUCACCAAUGACAAGGACAUAAUUUCCCUUGUGAGUCAAGUGAUGCCCAUCUUCGCUCCAUUUCACCUAUUUGAUGCGCUUGCGGGCACCUGUGGCGGGGUCCUGAGAGGUACCGGAAAACAAAAGAUAGGCGCUAUCCUGAACGCCAUUGGUUACUACGGGUUUGGUUUUCCUAUCGGAGUAUCUCUGAUGUUUGCUGCUAAACUUGGGAUAAUAGGCCUCUGGUCCGGACUGGUAGUCUGUGUUUUCUCCCAGGCCCUCUCAUAUUUAAUCUACAUCAUGAGGACAGACUGGAAUAGAGUUACAGAGCAGGCACAAGUUCGAGCUGGGCUGAAAAGCAACAAGGAGACGAUACCCAUGCCAGCAGAUCUGCCCGUCUUGGAAAGAGAAGUUGUUGAUGGAGUGAUUUUGCCUGAUAUCAUCAGACCGGAGAGCCAGGCUGGCCAGCUGGUAGUAGAGGAAAGCAGCCAGCGUGCGGUGCCCACCGUCGGGGAGGUCCUGACGGGGAGACAGCUGAUCAUCUAUCGUGGGAUGGCUCUGACUCUUUCUGUUGCUGUCCUCAUAGCGGGGAUUGUGGUGCGGGUUCUCAGUGACCGUGGCUAAGAUGGGGUGCUCACCAGCCUGUGGACUGGUGAUAAUUGUGUGCCAUGUCCUGAACAUGGACAUGAGCUUUGUUAGUGGAACAGAAGCUUCUCUUAACUGUGGGUAGCAACGCUGCCAGUGAGCGUCUUGGUUACACUGAGACCCCACCCCACUGUACUGCAGGUCAAGAAAGAUGCAGUGUGCUUGCCUAGUGUGAGCAAGGCCCUGUGUGUUGUUCAGCACUAAGAUGUGUAUGUGUGUGUGUGUGGGGGGGGAUGAACAAAUGGAUGAAUGGCUAUCCAAAUUUGGGGGUGUGCUGGGGAUAGAAUCCACAAGCCUCAGCACAUGCUGGGCAAGUGUUCUACCACUGAGCACUCCCAAGCCCCCAGAAGCUCCGCUUUUAAGAAUGCCUUUCACUUUAUCAUGGUUUCCAAAUGCGUCAGUUUGAUUUUUCCCUACUGUAAAUGUGCUUUUACUCUUCCAUGCAUCCUCUGCUGCUGGAUCCUCACAGUGAGUGAAUAUCAGGUACUUCUUCUACCUCUGUCUAUGUAUUGUGCCACAGAAGCACUUAUAAAAUAAAUACCUAAGAUCUAAAAUA